AUGCUUCGCUUUACUUGUGUUCGCGCUAUAAGAAAGUACUCUAGCAGGCAUGCAUUGGAACAUUUGAAAGAAGGUGCUCCACUGAAAGGGCUCUUUUCUGUUGACGGAUUACAGAAGGCAUGGUUUGAUCGAGUAAAAUAUCUCGAUGCCCAAUUAAACAAUUGUACAAAUGAGGCGCAACAGAAACCCUUAGAAACACUCAUCCAUGAAAAUUCGAAAUCUGCCUCUAAGAAACACGUUAUGAACUACGCAUCGUCACUGUACAGCUUGAGAUUUAGCAUGUCGUCACUUCAAGGAUGUGCCAGGACUCCCCCAGAGGAAUGCGCCAAGCUGGGCCCAGAAGCGUUACUUCAGACCCCAGAUUUCCAUAAAACAACAAGCAACGAACCAUUGACCACUGGCAACAAACUGUUACAAGAAGCUUUAAUUUCCUCAUUUGGUUCUCUGGUGGAAUUUAAAACGCUUCUAAUAAACUCGAACCUUGCAUUAGCAGGCGACGGGUUUACGUGGCUAGUUGCAAGACGGCAGCUCGAUAAACGCACCAGCCACAAUGAUAUGGCAAAUAGUGACAUUGAAUAUGAUAAACUAUUUAUUCUGAAUACUUAUAAUGCUGGAACUCCUUUCAACUUUUCUACUUCUGGAAUAAUGAAUGAGCUCAAUAACCAAUACACUAAUUUAGAAAAACAACGAGCCAAGGAAGCAGGGAAAGUUGAUGGUUCCGAUGUGGCUGCCAAGCACACUAGGACCAAGUUUAUUUAUGAAACACAACAGAAAGGAUUUUCGGGAAAAGAGGUUUCAUACAUUCCAUUGUUAGCCAUUGAUGCGUCCCCUAAGACGUGGUUAACUGAUUAUGGUGUAUUCGGGAAACGUGAAUAUUUAGAGAGAAUAUGGGAUUCCAUAGAAUGGAGGAUAGUGGAAUCAAGACUACCUCAACGCACUAAAAUCCAAGCAUUCAACACUUUGUGA